AUCAGUAUAUAUCUACAUGUACAAGUACUGCCGGCGUACAUUUAAGCGAUGUUUCAACAUUGACACGAAGAAGACUUGACCAGCAUUAUAUACAGCAUGGGUUUAAGAGUUAUUUUCAUUCUUCUCGCUAUCAUCCAUUUUGUCUGCUGUCGACCGUGUUCUAUAUCAGAAGAUGGGAAGAGAGCAAAUUGCUCGGAAAGGCACUUAACCCAGAUACCAGUUCUUUCAAACCAGACCGAGGUUUUAGACCUCUCGGGAAACAACUUUACAACUCUGACAAACUCGUCAUUUAAACAUCUACCUCAACUAGAAACACUGAACAUUAGCAGAUGCCAUGUUCAUCACCUGGACGGACAAGUAUUUGCAAGCCUUGGAUACUUGCAUCAUUUAAGCCUGAGUCAAAACAUGAUUAACAUUUUACACGAAAGAUUUCAACACUUGCGUUUCCACAACAAUCCUUUCCUGAAACAUUUAGAUUUAUCCUUCAACACAAGGGCAACGUUAAAACAGAUCGAUAGUGUGUAUCCGGACCAGGUAUUCGCGUCGCUUUCAAGUGUAGAAGAUCUCAUCCUGGACCUUCUACCAAAUCCCGUAUUCGGGGAAGGCUUCAGUAACAUGACAAAUGUUAGGUCACUUAUAUUUCAGGAUUGUACUAUAAUGCAUCUAAAGAAUGAAACAUUCAAAUAUUUCAUAAAUCUGACGAAACUGACCUUCUUACAAAUGUCUAACUGCCAGGUCCAUAUUGAACCAUGGGUGAAAGUAGAGCCAGCGGUCCUACAAUAUUUCCACUCUCUAGAGUCACUUGAUCUCUCCAGGACAAUGAUAACAUUUCCUGUUGCCAUGGAUAUGUUGUAUGGAUUAACUAUGACAAAAAAUCAGAGUUACCAUGUAAGACAUAUGAAACUUUUGAAUAUAUAUAACGUAAAUCCACUGAUACUUUUAUGGAUGUACGAUGUUAGCUAUGCCGUUAAGGUCACGAAAUCCAUGACGAAGUACUUCAGACAUCUGUGCAUCGAAGAUAUAAAUAUUGGUAAAAAUGGAAUUGUGGAAUUUGACGUUGAGGCGCUAGCAAAUUUGAAACAUAUUUCUUGUUUGAGACGUUUUAUAUUGCGUGAGAAUAAUUUCUUGUUUGCAUUUCCAAAAUACAGUAUUGAUAUUAUGAAACUUUUUUAUCACGCUGUAAAUCUCCAGGAAAUUGACUAUUCUUAUAUGGCAAUUCAGUUCUCAAAUAAUGUCGGAAAUCAGUUUCCGAACUUUGCUGGAAAUGUGAAUAAUCAGUACCUGGAUCCAAAUGCUUAUCAUACAGAAAUAGAACGGCAUUUAUCUUUGAGCGAAAUUGAACAAGAGGGGUGCAUGAUUCCGAUUUCGUCAAAAAACUUGAGUCACAUGCGGAUGUCUCAUCUGUUAUUUCCGUUUAAUUUCAAAUGUAGCAUCGAUGUUUCAAAAUCACCAAAGUUAAUAUACGUUGACAUUUCUUAUAUGACUAUAACUGAUAUGGACUUCAAAGUCAAAGGGGCAAGUCUAUCGUACUUGGAUGUUUCUGGUAUCAGCUUUGGAUACUCGGGAAGUAGAUUCUUAGGAAGCCUCUUGAGUGUUAGAAAAUUAGUCAUCCGGGACGCAGACCUCGACAGAGCCUUCAGUAACGGUAACUAUAUUUUCAGAAAUGUAAAUCAUAUAGACGAAAUAGAUAUGUCCUCAAAUCAUCUGAACACCUUACCAAAAGAAGCACUUGAGGGCCUAGAGUGUCUUCAGAAGAUAACAUUAACACAGAAUUUUCUAAGCGAAUUUCCUCGUGGAUUAUUUGAAAUGACUAACCUGACACAUAUCGACAUUAGGUAUAACAAAUUGUUGUCUCUCGAUAAGCCAGCCCGUGAUUGGCUGGAUGAUAGACCUAAUAUUACGUUAUUGUUGGAUGGAAAUCGCUUCACAUGUACAUGUGACACUGCGGAAUUUGUCUCAUGGAUAAUGACAAAAGUCAAAUUACACAGAAAGCCAUCGAACUACAAAUGCAUGUUAAAAGACGGUUCCGUGACGAAUAUAAAGUAUGUGUACGAUAAUCGAGACACCUACUUCAGAAACUGUAACGAUCAUUUGUUUUGGUUACAAUUUUCUAUAUCAGCAAUAAGUUUAUUACUCUUGGCCAUCGUGAUAUCUGUAGUUUGUUACCAGUACAGAUGGAGAAUUCUGUAUUAUUUCUACAGGAACUGUAAAAUCAAACCCGGCUUGGAGGACAUUACCACGUAUAAUUUUGAUCUGUUCGUUGCUUACACUGCAGCAGAUUCACCCUGGAUUUGGCAACAGUUGCGACCUAAACUAGAAUUACAACAUAAUAUACAGUUAUGUUUGCAUGAACGCGACUUUGAAGUUGGAGAAUCUAUUUCGCAAAACAUCGUGAACUGUUUGCAAAAGAGCAAGAAGAUAUUAUUUGUAAUAUCAGCGGAAUAUAUCAAUGCUAGGUGGUGUGACUUUGAACUUGAAAUGGCCAACAUGGAACGGGUCCAGCGAGGUUGUACAAAUUCAAUUAUUGUGGCUAUUAAAGGAGAAAUACCGGCGGAUGGAAUGCCUCGUCUUGUCAGAAAUAUCUGGCAACAUGUCACAUGUAUAAUAUACCCACUCGAUAAAACAGACAUGGACGCAUUUGAACUGUUCUGGUGUCGACUACACCACAGUAUUAUUUCCUAACAACUCUGUAUAUCAAUAUAUAGAAUUACGAAAGGCCUAUCAACAUCAACAUAUCAAUAUAGGAUGAUGAAAUCUAAUUUAAAAAAAACUAUAGUUUUAAUUUAUUUUCCUAACAUUACGUGAUUCGACAUCAUGUUGCUUUAGCAUUCUGCCAGAACAUCAUUGUGUAAGCUUGCAUAAUUGCUUGCAAUAGGUUUUUGGCAUAGCAAUACAAGAUAACUGAUUGACGCCUUUUCAUCAUAACAUAUCUUCAAAGAAUGAAACAACACCAUAUACAUAUAAUUUGGUUUGAGACAAGAUCAGGUAUAAAAUUGGGUACGAUAGAAGUAUGAAGUAAAACUGCUUUGUGUUCUCAUCAUAGCACCACGAGAAUGGUUACACUGGGCACUUUCUGUAAAUUUCAUCGUUCGCACGUCUAUCCAAAAUCAUCAUCGUUAUCAUUAGACGAAUGUCAGAUGUCAUACGAAAAACUGAAAAUUGGGAUCGAAAAGGGUUUGAUCAUAAUACCAUAUUAUAUAACAUAUAUGAUAGAGAUUGCUCGUAUGUUGUAUCUUGACAUGAUGAAUAAAAAAGUUAUUUGAAGAAAU